UGAUCCUUUCCAAUUUCCAAUAGGCGGCUAGGAACUUGAAAAAAGCGUAACCGCAUCUAAACGAACCAAAAUGGCCGCGGCAUGUUCGACCUCGCUGGCUACGCAGACGACCGUCGCGACGUCGCAGAGCUUCUCGACGUUCACAUCUACAGUCGUGUCUACUUUGUCUCCUGGCGUGACGACUAUAACGAGUACCCAUCCUUGUUCUGCUGGUGCUGGUGGUUCUGCGAGCGCGGCGGCAUGUUCGCCUGUGGUUACUACGGUGACUAGCACUAUCCCUGGCGGAACAACGACACUAACGACCAUCGGCACCUCAACAAUCGACAUCCUUUCAACCCAAACCACAACAUUCCUCAACAGCUCAUGCAGCAGCAGCACCAUCUCUACCUCUUCCUCCCUCCCCUCCGAAGCAUCAACGACGACGAGCGUGGUGAUAGUGACGAACCCGAAUAAUGGACAGGUGUCGACGCAGUAUAUUGUUAGCACCGUUUUGCCGGCGUCGUUGCAGACGAACCAGCCCAAGACGACGGGUGGGACGGGGAAGAAUGUGGGUGCGAUUGUGGGUGGGGUGUUUGGUGGGUUGGCGGGUUUGACGUUGCUUGCGUUGGGUGGGUUGUGGUUUAUAAGACGGAGGAAGAGGUGGGACAUGAUAUUUGAUAGCGAUGAUAAUAAUGCGUGGAGCGCGCCUGGACCUGGAGUUAAUAAUGAUCCGUAUGCUUAUGGGCCUGUUGGUGUUGGAGGGAGGACGGAUAGGUUGGAGGUGGAUGAUAGUGGGCAGGGGAGACGGAUGGUUCUUGAUUGAUUGGGCAUUGAAUUUCGGACCUACGCCUACGACCUGUGACGACCUCUCAUGGUUUCUCAACGCUCUGAUACGCAUCUUUAUCCAUCGCGGACUUUAUGGUAUACCUUACAGAAUCGGAGUAAUUUAUCGCUUUGGAACAUUGGUGUUAUUUCAAAUGCCAAGAGUUGGCUAGUUGCCGAGUG